AUGCUCAGAGAGGCAGGAAACGGGGCCAGCCAGGGGGACUUGAGAGCGGCUGCACUUUCCUGUCCCCCGCGGAGGAGAGCAGAGGAGCAGCGGGCAGUGGCCUGGCGAGUUUCCCCGGAGAGGAGCCGGAUUCCGCUGCAGGGACGGAGCGAGGAGUCCGAGGUGCAGGAGGGCGGAGCAAGCGGGGGAGGAGGAGGAGGAGAGCACGUGCGCCUGGCAGGAUGAGGCCCGGAGUCCAGCCAGAGGCUGCAGGGCGCCCCCCAACCGGGCAGGAAGGGGAAGGGGCGCAGCUGAGGGGCAGGGCAUCUGCAGGAGGGCACAGGGGCAAACAUCUCUGGCUCAGGCUGGCACGGACCCUGCCGGAGACCCUGGGGAGCUGCUCCCUUCAGUCCUGAGCUCAAGGGGCAGAAUGAGGGGUCCAAGGCAGCUGCUGCUCCGCGAUGGACGAUGCAUAUAGUCGUCCCAUGAUCAGCGGCGUACCUGGGGCUUUUGCCUCCCCUCUCCCUGUCCCUCAUCAGGGAGCCCAGCCUAUUUCGACGGUCCUCCCCACGGCGGAGAGGGAAGGGGAGGCAGGGGGAAUGGAAGAGCACUGCAGCGGGGGUGGGGGCUCUCACUCUACAGCCCCUCCUGACCCCCCCUUCCUCUGCCAGUGCCAUUGAUAAACCUAUCGCCCUCCUUCGUGAAUUGGUCUGAUCGCCUUUUAAAGCUCUCUUUGCCACCACCAUCACCGCAUCUUGUGGCAAUGAUGUCCAUCAGAUUCAUUUAGCAAGGAAAUGGUUUCUUUUGUCUUCCCCAAAUCAAGGUACACUGUGCCUACACAUGGAGGCUCUGUUGAUCUGUCACAGCUAAUAAAACAGCUAAUAGAUCUUUUCCCCGGAGAACGCAUCUGAUCUUUCCCCAAACUAUCAAAGCUGGUGACCUCUUGUGUCUGCGUGUAAAUAAGUGAGAGAGCCUUAAGCUUGUUUCGUUAAAGGUUUUAUCUUCCUCCUUGCCCAGUAAUACAGCAGAGUUUUGAGAUGAAGGCUGAGGGUUGAAGUGGGUGACAGUUUUGAGAAUGCAGAGGAAUGGAGGAUUCUUAAGAAGUGUGCCAUAUGGAAAUGAAUUAAUGAUAAUAAAAACAUUGAAGACAGUAUUGUUAAAGACUGAGGAAGGCGAAAUUGAAAUUAGCUAUUCAUGUUCAGAUUAUUACUCCUUUCAUUUCUAUACUGCUUCAUAUUUUUAAGGAAAAAAACAAAGUAAUUAGAGAGAAAUCUCGUUGCAGUUUAUGUCCAUAGGAUGUUGAGAACAUUAACUCUGUAGAUCCAGUUCUCUCCUCCUGAUAGUCUCAGAUUUGAUUGUUCUUUCUGAUAAAGGAGGAGGAACGAAACAUUUAUGGGCUUAAAGCUGCAUUGAUUCUGGAGGCCACAUUCCAGUGAGCUUUGUGGUGUUGUAAAUAAAAAUAUGCCCUUUUCCCUUAUGGGGUAUCCAAGAGCCCAUAUAGAGUCCUUACAUAGGUUCCCUAUUGGUAGGAGAAAAUAACAGAGGCCAACCAGAGAAUAUUGAGAAGCAAAGCAGCUAGUAAGCUUGAUCUUUAUUGAUCUGUUGCAACAGGGUCCUCCUCACACGCAGGAGAGGAAGAGGACCCACAAAAAUGCUAUGCAAGGGCUUAUAAAGACUUUUGAAAUUCCCAUCCUCUAGAUCAAGACCACCCCCAGAAACAUUAUGCAUUCAUCACAGAAGGGGUGUAACCUAAGACCACCCGUCAGAUAAGGCAGUCUAAAACAGAACAUUUGCAUGUUGUUUUCUCCUGUCGCUUUGUUUAUUUCCUGUCUGGCAGGUUACUUGAUUGGAUUUCUUGGGGAGCCUUGGCAGUCUUUUGUAAUGAUAAGGCUCACACCCUUAUUCAAACACAGAUUAAGACAGGAUUUGUGAAGGAAGAGACAAUGGGGAGGCUUUUCCAUUUUUACCAUGUAGAGAAACAUUUGCUCAGUUUAGGAAUCAAAAUGGUUCCAGGUUGGCUUUCCUGUGCUGAUCUCUAUCACAGUGGCCAAUGUAUGCACAUGCAUGCGCACACAGAAAAGAGAUGCAGACCAUAAAGUCACAUGCACACACUCACCAGAGGUGCUGCACACACUCACCAGACAUGCCAUCUAGCAUACAUACAAGUCUUGCAAACACAAACAACAUGUUUAGACCUUCCAACCCCAGUUCUGGGGUGGGGAAAAAUAAGAGCACAAGAAGACCCUGCUGAAUUAGCAAUGAGCUCUAAGAAAAAAGAACCUUCUGAUUGUUCUUUAGAAAUCCUCUUUAAAGAGCAGCCAGAGGGAUCAUUUAUUUCCAGAUCAGGGCUUUUACCCCAUUUCAGCACUGUGCUGGUUUGUGGUGAAAUUGGAGUUGAAAAGAUCUCUCUAAGGGCCCUUUAGGCAUCUUUCUCUCCAGGACAGACAGAGAUCUUCAUCCUAUGAUCAGACCAGGAGAUGCAAACGGCAGGGACUAGCAGGACACACCCUGAGGCUUGGCAAGCCAUAUGCAGCCAAUGGACUGCAAGGUAGAAUGUCUUCAGUCAAGAGAGUUUGUGACCAUCAAAUUUAAAAUAUUUUGGAGUGAGUUCUUUGAUUUUGUUGGUCAAUAUUCCUUUUGUCAGUUUCUUAGGCUGUGCAGAUACCAUACAUUUAAAGCACGUGGCUUCCCCCAGAGAACCACAGGACCUGUAGUUUAUUGCUACAGUUCUCAACACCCCUAACAAACUGCAGCUCGCAGGAUUUCUUGGGUGAAGCCAUGUACUUUAAAUGUUAGGUGGGUCUGUUGCAGCCUUAAUCAUAUACAAAGAUCUGUUACUGCCUUUCCAACAUGGUAGAAGUUGCAGCCAAGAUCAGCAUUCCCUGUCCACUGAACAUGCUCAGUCCUCUCACUGGGUUGUUUUUGGAUUUCCUUCCACUGCCUUGGUUCCCCCACCCCCAAAUAUUAUUUGUACUUCCAUAAACCUUGAUGUUUCCCCCAGUCUUUGGAUAACUUCCCCUCGUCCCUGGGUGGAGUCGUUUGGGUGACUGUGGGAGUCAUAAAGCCACAGUAAAGGCUUGUAAUAUUGCAGGGUGCCCCCUGACCUCGGCUGACCAGCACUCUGAGCUUUACAAUGUAUUGGAAUGUAUUGGAGUUGUGUUUCCUCUGGGCAGUGAUGACCCUAUAUGGUGAAGGGGGCAAUAAAAGCCUAAAAGCCUUGACCGGAUGAGGUAACGUGAGACAUUGGCAAACAGCCAUGCGGCUGGAGAGAGACAAAGGAUAAUAAAAGAAGCUGCAGGAGGAGAGGGAAGUUCGGAAAGGAGCUGCUCCUACCAUCAUGAAAAUAUUGCUGGCUCUCUGUGUCUUUAUUUUAUGCUAAAUUGCGCCAUUUGUAACGGCUGGCUCCGACAGGUGACAUAAUGAUUGUCAUUCACAGCCUGAACAUCAGAAAUAGAAAGAGUAAUAGUAUAUUUCAAAAACUGGCUAAUAGUUAAAAAAUGUGCUUUUGUUUUUAUUCUUGUGUUGUAUUUUACUUUGUGUUUAUUUCUUUUCCAGCAGGAUGACGUAAAAAUGGAAGAGCCGGGACCCAGGAGACCCAUUCAAAGGGAGAGACUGGAGUGCAAAGGAAAGAAACCUCCUGCCGGCCAAGUUGGGGCCAUCAGGGAUCUUCUGCCUCGGGCAGAUUUAUGUCAAAUUAAGCAGGAGGCAGAGGAGGGGCAGCCGCAGCAGCACUGGGAGGCCCAGAAGCAGGAUUUCCUGAAGACGAUGCAGCCCCCUCGUUCAGGGUGGGAAACCCCACAGGCUCCCAGUCCUCCCCACUCCGGGGAUGGUGUCCUCUCCUUCAGGGGAGCUGCGGAUGCCAGUCGGUGGCCCAGUGGGAGAGCAGGGGGGACAGACCAGACCCUGCUCCCAGACACUGAGGGGCUUCUGGGAAAAGUAAGUGCCCUCCUCUCACCUGGGUUUCCAGCACCUGGAGGUCACCGGUCCACUGCCUCUAGACAUGGUGGCUAUGGUUUAGCUAUGGUGGUGAAUAUUCCUCCUCCCUGCACUUUCUCUCUAAUCCAGUUUAAAAAGGCUUUCUGGACCAAACCUUACAUGGGAGGUUUGCGAUCAUAUCUCCUGCUAUUCUUACUUUACUUAAACAGCUGCAGGGGACUCUGAAUUUUAUCAGAGCAGAAGCUGUGUCAGAAGAGGGGUCCUUCCACCAAACCCCAUUUUCCUCCUCUAAAUUGCCUCCAUUUCCAAAAUGCUCUUUUCUCCCCACUGAGGUAAAAAUCUUGGCACAUCUUACAGCCUCAGCAAUCCCAUGUGUAGUCACAUUAAAUAAGACUGGCCUACCUUGCAAUGUUGUUGCAAGAUUUAUUAAGAUAAUGGCCAGGUUCAGAUGACUGAAUCACAGCCUGAAAAGCCGGGUUAAAAAUAGGAACAGUUUUUAAUGCAUUGCUGCAGCAAAGUUACAAUAAAACCUAAGUUGACCCAAGUUUAAAACCAAAAACUCUAGCCGCCACCCCAGUCUCCUGGCCCCCACAACCAGAAUGCAUCACUCCAGGAAGGACCCCCACCCAACCUUUAGUGAGAGAGGGCAAAAGAAAAGGACUCUACAUUGGUAGUUGCACAAAUUUACCAGCUGUGGUCCUGCACUGACAGCAAGGCUAACAAACAGGGGAGCUGGGAAUGUGCUAGUCCCGUAUCUCCCUGCAUCUGCCUCCUGACCUAAUUGUCCCAGCUUACCUCAUGAUUGGGCCGGCCCUGAGGGUGAACUGUGAUGAAACCAGGCAGUCUCUUAUGAGCCAUAACUAGUAAACUUUCCAUUUUGCCCAAACCAGGAAACUACAGCUGCCAGCUUUGGAACAAGCUGGGAGAUUAAUCUAACUUCAAACUGUGCUUGGUCAAAACAGGAAACUCUGGUUGAUCAGUGGCUUCGUGGUUUGACUGAUCCCACUGAUAGCAGUAAAAAUAGGAAGCCCUGUUGCAUUUGAAGGGGUUGUUUGGACAGAGUCUCUGAUCAGCAUGCCUAGCAGGACAGGCUUAAAAAGGUAAAGGGACCCCUGACCAUUAGGUCCAGUCGUGACCGACUCUGGGGUUGUGGCACUCAUCUCGCUUUAUUGGCUGAGGGAGCCAGCGUACAGCUUCCGGUUCAUGUGGCCAGCAUGACUAAGCCGCUUCUUGCGAACCAGAGCAGUGCAUGGGAACGCCCUUUAUCUUCCUACCGGACCUGUACCUAUUUAUCUACUUGCACUUUGACGUGCUUUCGAACUGCUGGGUUGGCAGGAGCAGGGACCGAGCAACGGGAGCUCACCCCGUCACGGGGAUUCGAACCGCCAACCUUCUGAUCGGCAAGUCCUAGGUGCUGUGGUUUAACCCACAGCGCCACCCGAGUCCCAGGACAGGCUUAGGAAGCAAUUAUUAUUAUUAUUAUUAUUAUUAUUAUUAUUAUUGUUAUUGUUAUUAUUAUUUGCAUCCUGCCUAUCUGACUGGGUUGCCUCUGCCCAUCUGGGUAGCUUCCAACAAAAUAAAAACCAUCAAAAAUUUCCUUGUAAAAGGCUGCCUUCGGAAGUCUUCCAUUUUGUAGAAAUGGCCUUCAGUUUUAAAGAAUUGCCCUCUUUAAGUAAUCACGUGGUGUAAACAUGUAUGUUGUCCUCUAGGUCCAAACACACACAGACACACACAUAGUAGGAGCAAGCAGUGCUUUAAAGUGCUUCUCUUGCAAACUUGCCAUCUAGGUUGUUUACUCCUGACCAAAGUUCCUGUUUCCCGAAAGGACAGGAGGGGGAGCAGUGGAGGAAACGGAUGGGUUUGAAGGCUCUUUCCACCAGCCGCCUCUCUCCCCUGAGGAACAAGAGCAAAGGGUGUUUGCAGGGCAGGAGGAUAGAGGAGGCGGCAGCGAGGGCAGAGGGAGCAGUGGGCGGAUCCCCGCCUCUCCCAGGGGGUCCAGAUGCAAGCAAGGGGCUUCCUUCUUCUCCCUGCAAGGGCCACCCAUGUAUUCAGAGCAGUCCUUUGCAGAUUAACUCUUAAGUUCCAAGGGACCUACUCUCAGGCCGCUAAUGUACAUACCAUGCCAGCCUUAGGAAGGGAGGUGGGACAGGGAGGUGAAAGGAAUUGGCAACGGUGUUUGAAAAUGGGUGGAGGCUCUUGGGAAGGGGGUGCCCAAUUGGGGCUUCUCCAAGGGCAGCAGAAUGUCUUGGGCAGGAGAAUCCCUGCAGGAGCUCUCCGACUCCCUUGGCUGCUUCUUCUCUCCCUCCCAGGAAGCUGCAACUUGCUCUGGAUUCUGCGCUCCUCAGGAAGCUGAACCUGCAAACCUAGCUGAGACUGAACCUGCAACCCUGGCCAGGAUGGAACGAGAAAGAUGGACGGGUGACCUGGUCAGGCUGUCUCCCGCAUCCCUCCCCACAACCUCUGAGCAUUCCGUCCCAGGACCCUUGGAGAAAUCUGGUGAGUUACAGUGGAGAGGAGAUGGGGACAGGGGUAGAUGAAUGGUGGAGGGAGAAAGAGGAAAAGAUGGAGAGGAGACAAAUGGAAGGAAGUUCCUGAACGUAAGAAGGAAGGGGUGAGGCCUUCUCCAAAGCAGCUUUUCUUCCUCCAGGCUUUUAAAUCUUAGAUGUUAUUUCCCCAGCAGGAAUAAUUGAUGAUAAUGAUGUGGCACACCAAUCCUGAAAAACGGGUGAAGGGGAAUGGAAAUGCUUCCCAUAAUUAUUUAUAAUUAAUCUAUUACCCUUAUUUUUUAUAGACAGGGUCAAGGUGAUACAUUCCACCAGUAUCAAAUUAAAUGCAUGCAGCUCCCCAGUUUGGUGGACUUAAGGGACAAAGGACCCGUUAUCAUGAUACACAAUUCCUGUGGCUGGAGGCUCUACACUUAGGAUUGGACAUAUAAAGUCCAAGAGCGUCUGGUAUUAGAAGCAAAUUGUGUAAACUUGCCAAUCUAACAUACCGGGAUUGUUUGUGAGAGUGAGUGAGUGGGAUAAUAAUUUAUAGCACCCUUGUAAUUUUGUCUGUCCCUAAGCUUCUAUGGGUGGGACGCGGGUGGCAGUGGGACGCGGGUGGCGCUGUUGGUAAAACCUCAGCGCCUAGGGCUUGCCGAUCGCAUGGUCGGUGGUUCGAAUCCCCGUGGCGGGGUGAGCUCCCGUCUUUCGGUCCCAGCUCCUGCCCACCUAGCAGUUCGAAAGCACCCCUAAGUGCCAGUAGAUAAAUAGGUACCGCUUUAUAGCGGGAAGGUAAACGGCGUUUCCGUGUGUUGCGCUGGUGCCGGCUCGCCAGAGCAGCUUCGUCACGCUGGCCACCUGUCUCCGGACAGCGCUGGCCCCCGGCCUCUUAAGUGAGAUGGGCGCACAACCCUAGAGUCGGACACGACUGGCCCGUACGGGCAGAGGUACCUUUAUCUUUACCUUUAAGCUUCUAUGGAGAUACUGUGGUACAACCUUGGUACAAAUUUCAAAAUAAGUACACAAAGCCAACAAAGAGACUCAGAGGUUUAUAGUGGCACCAGGUAAAGGAAAAGGGACCCCUGACCAUUAGGUCCAGUUGCGGAUGACUCUGGGGUUGCGGCGCUCAUCUCGCUUUACUGGCUGAGGGGGCCGGCGUACAGCUUCCGGAUCAUGUGGCCAGCAUGACUAAGCCACUUCUGGUGAACCAGAGCAGCGCACAGAAACGCCGUUUACCUUCCCGCCGGAGCGGUACCUAUUUAUCUACUUCCACUUUGACAUGCUUUUGAACUGCUAGGUUGGCAGGAGCAGGGACCGAGCAACGGGAGCUCACCCUGUCACGGGGAUUCGAACCGCCGACCUUCUGAUCGGCAAGCCGUGGCUCUGUGGUUUAGACCACAGCGCUACUCGCGUCCCUUAAAGAUCCCUUAGAGAGAUCCUUUAACUCCAAUUUCACCACAAACCAGCACAGUGCUGAGAUGGGAUAGGAGUCCUGAUCUGGAAAUAAAUGAUCCCUCUGGCUGCUCUUUAAAGACGAUUUCUAAAGAACAAUCAGAAGGGUCUUUUUUCAUGGAUCUCAUUGCUAAUUCAGCAGGGUCUUCUUGUGCUCUUAUUUUUCCCCACCCCAGCACUGGGGAUGGAAGAUCUAAACAUGCUGGUUCAUAGCUGUCAACUUUCAGAUUUGAAAAUAAGGGAUCAGCAGCCUCACCUGUCCCCACGUCCCUGUGGCACCACGUAUCCUACUCAAAAUUCCACUUUGUCAGACUGCAGCCCACAAAAGCUUAGGCCAUAAUACCUUUAUCAGCUUUUAAGGGCUGCAAAAGAUGAAAAAAACAGAAGCAUAGUUCAUCUAUGGACUUCCAUCCUACAGGAGACAGUGAUGUCCAGCAACUUGGAUAGCUUGAAAAAAAGGAUAAGACUGACGUCUCUGCUCUGCCCUCGUGGUCCUAGGCAAUAAUGCUUCUUGAUACUAGUGUCUGGAAAGCACACGAAGGCAGAGAAGACUCUUGUGCUCCAAUCCUGCUUGCCGGUUUCCCACAGGCAUCUGGUUGGCCUCUGUGAGAAGAGGAUGCUGGACUAGGUGGGCCUUUGCCUGAUCCAGCAGGCUCUUCCUAGGUUCCAAUAUAUUGCAAUAUUUUUACAGUUAAAUGUAGCACUUAAGUUUUACUUAUUUCACAAUGGAGACACUGUUACUUGAGCCUGAGAUCAUUUCCUCACUUGAAACGGAAAAAUACAGAGAUGUGUCUAAUAAGCCAAUUCCACCAUAGAUUUGUAUUAUAAAAUGAUGGUGCUUUAUUAAGUGUGAAUGCAGUGAUCAUGUGUUGCUCCUGCCAUUAUCUCAUCUGCUUUCCAAAAAAUUUGGAACAUAGAGAGGACAGUGGAGAAUGGAGACUGUGUGAAAAUGAGAGAAGGUGCAGAUUGGGAUUGACAGGUGUUCAAUUCCUUUUUUGUCUUUCCUGAAAGUCUAACAGGAUUCUCUUUCCUCCCAGACUCCCAAACAGGUGAGGAAGAUGAAGGUCAGAAUUCUAUGGAGCCACAUGUGAAUUUAUUGGGAAGAAGAAAGAAACUGAGGAUACAACAACAAUCUCACAAAGGAGACAUACUAUUUGAAUGUAUGAAGUGUGGAACGAGCUUUAGUCAUAGUCAAGCACUUAGAAUACAUCAACGAACUCACACGGGUGAGAAACCAUUUAAAUGUAUGGAGUGCGGUAAGAGCUUCAGUCAAAGUGGAAAUCUUAGAAUACAUCAACGAACUCACACAGGUGAGAAACCAUUUAAAUGUAUUGAAUGUAGAAAGAUCUUCAGUGAAAGUGGGAAACUUAGAAUACAUCAACGAACUCACACGGGGGAGAAACCAUUUAAAUGUAUGGAGUGCGGUAAGAGCUUCAGUACGAAUGGAGCACUUACAAUACAUCAACGAACUCACACGGGGGAGAAGCCAUUUAAAUGUAUUGAAUGUAGAAAGGUCUUCAGUGAAAGUGGGAAACUUAGAAUACAUCAACGAACUCACACGGGGGAGAAACCAUUUAAAUGUAUGGAGUGCGGUAAGAGCUUCAGUACGAAUGGAGCACUUACAAUACAUCAACGAACUCACACGGGGGAGAAACCAUUUAAAUGUAUUGAAUGUAGAAAGAUCUUCAGUGAAAGUGGGAAACUUAGAAUACACCAACGAACUCACACAGGGGAGAAACCAUAUAAUUGUAUGGAGUGCGGUAAGAGCUUCAGUACGAAUGGAGAACUUACAAUACACCAACGAACUCACACGGGGGAGAAACCAUUUAAAUGUAUUGAAUGUAGAAAGAGCUUCAGUUAUAGUGGAUCACUUAGAAUACAUCAACGAACUCACACGGGGGAGAAACCAUUUAAAUGUAUGGAGUGUGGUAAGAGCUUCAGUCAAAGUGGACAUCUUAGAAUACACCAACGUACUCACACGGGUGAGAAACCAUUUAAAUGUAUGGAGUGCGGUAAGAGCUUCAGUCAAAGUGGACAUCUUAGAAUACAUCAACGAACUCACACGGGUGAGAAACCAUUUAAAUGUAUGGAGUGCGGUAAGAGCUUCAGUACGAAUAGAGAACUUACAAUACACCAACGAACUCACACGGGGGAGAAACCAUUUAAAUGUAUUGAAUGUAGAAAGAGCUUUAGUUAUAGUGGAUCACUUAGAAUACACCAACGAACUCACACAGGGGAGAAGCCAUUUAAAUGUAUGGAGUGUGGAAAGAGUUUCAGUAAAAAUGAACACCUUAGAAGACAUCAGCUAACACACACACACGAUGAAAAUUACAGGUGUAUUCCUGCUUUGAGGCAAAGAAAGCCCUGCAAAAUGCUUACAAAGCUGCCCUGA